UCAGGUCACCUUCUUCAAUCAAAGAGUAGUCCACCAGCCUUUUACCUGUUCAUGCCUUCAUGGAUAGCGAGGGCUCCAAGCAUGUUCCACAUGAAGUGCCCAAUUUCAAACAGCAACAUCCUCAAGGCAUGGGAGAUAACAAGGCAGCUGAAAUCCAGGAUUCCCAGAUUGUUAUUUCAGAUAAGGAAGGGAAGAAACAACAGUUGUCCCCAAAGAGAAGUCCUAAGAAGGACAGGCAUACCAAAGUUGAAGGAAGAGGUAGAAGGAUAAGGAUACCUGCUUUAUGUGCAGCAAGGAUUUUCCAGUUGACCAGGGAGUUGGGUCACAAAUCCGAUGGGGAAACAAUAAAAUGGCUGUUACAACAAGCCGAACCGUCGAUAAUCGCCGCCACAGGAAGCGGAACGAUGCCGGCAUCAGCUUUGGCAGCUGCUGGACUCUUCGUUUCGCAGCAAGGGGCGUCUCUAUCGGCAGGGUUGCACCAGAGGAUUGAAGAUUUAGGGGGGUCCAGUGGGACCAGUUGGGAAAUGGUUGGGGGCAAUUCGGGACCCCACCAUGUGGGAACAGGGUUAUGGUCCCCGGUCAGUAGUAAUGGUUUUCAGUCAUCAUCUGGUCCAUCUACAACAAAUUUAGGCACUGAAAGUAGUAACUAUCUGCAAAAGCUUGGGUUUCCUGGUUUUGACUUGCCUGCAGCUACUAACAUGGGUCAGAUGAAUUUCUCCUCAAUCUUGGGUGUGGCUAACCAGCAGCUACCUGGUUUGGAACUUGGGUUGUCUCAAGAGGGUCAUGUUGGGAUGCUAAAUCCUCAAGCUUUGAGCCAGAUUUAUCUGCAGAUUGGGCAGGCUAGGAUGCACCAGCAGCAACAACCCUCUCCUAGGGAUGAUUCCCAAGGAUCCGACCACUACAGUUAUAAACUUUGAGGGCAAGAUUAAAAGAAGUAGCAUUUCUGAUAUAGUAAGGCUUUUUUCUUGUAAUUUUCUCUCUCAGAGACUAGAAUGGUUAUUCAUUUGGCUCCCCUUCUUCUCUCUACACUGCAUCAUCCAACUUUCCAUCACAGAGGUGGAGACUGGAGAGCUUUUCACGGCCCGGUAGCUCGGUUUUCGGCCUAACUUCUUGUUUGAUUCAGAGGUGUGUUCAUUAUGAUGUAAGGAAAAAACUAAUGGGGAGGCAAUAGGGUUUUUUUUUCAAACUAAACGUACAAAUUUACUGCCAUCCAUGUCUAGUUUCUUCUUAGAAUCAAUUAAGUAAGAAUUCUCUUUUCCUCGA